GACAUAUGGAGACUUCCGACUGGAUUUGAUCAAGUAUCUACGUUGACAGACCGCAUGUCACGAAAGAUAAAUAUUGUUGUAUGUAAGCCGGUCCCGUUGGUGACGCUGCAGUGAGCAUUGUCGGGAUGGGGCUGGACUUUGACGUGAAGACGUUCUGCCACAACCUGCGGGCGACGAAGCCGCCCUACGAGUGUCCGGUGGACAGCUGCCGCAAGGUCUACAAGAGCUACAGCGGCAUCGAGUACCAUCUCUACCACUAUGACCACGACAACCCGCCUCCGGCACAGGGCACCCCUCAGAAGAAGCGCAAGGGCCGACCGCCGCGGGCCGCCCUGCCGGGGUCUGGUGACGGCCCCGACUCCAGCACAGGGUCAGGGGUCACGGGGCCGGGGGCCACACCGGGCAGCCCCGCCGAACGCUCGGAGUGCUCACACUCGCCCGUCAGAGAGAGCAUGACCUACGCAGAAGCCCAGCGCAUGGUGGAGCUGGAGAUCCGCGGCCGAGUCCACCGCAUCAGCAUCUUCGAGAACCUGGACGUGCUUUCAGAGGAGGACAGCGGCGCGGAGGACCCCACGUCGACAGGGACGGGCUCGGCGGCGUGUAACGGUGAGGCCGGGGGAAUCGGCAAGGACAGGUUGGACAGUUCUGCAGCCAAUGGGGAAUAUUAA